UCGAAAUGAGAUGAUUCUCCGGUUCUCGUUGCUUCGAGCGCCCGCAUUCGUCUGUAUCCUGGUUGGGAUCACUGCAUUGUUGCUGAAGAAGCUUAACGUUCUAUCCUCACAGCGGAUACCACACCUAGUGUUCUCGUCCAAUAUGUCCAGCGCGGCUUUCUACGCAACCCCGAGGCACAAGACUCUCGAGAUCGCCCCCCGCCGUGGUGCAAAGCACACGGCAACGGUGAUUUUCAUGCAUGGACUCGGCGAUCAACCGCUAGGCUGGGAGUCAAUCUGGAGCAACUUUUUCCUCCCCCAGAACACCGCUCUCGACCAUGUCAAGUUCGUCUUCCCCUCGGCACCCAAAGUCAAGACCCCGAUGUCUCCAGAAGAGAUGACGUCUUGGCACCAAGUCGACAUCGAUCAUAUCCUCGCCCGCAACGGCCCCUCACACCUACUGUACAGCAUCGAAGCCCAGGCUGAGAAGAUGAACUUCGCGAACCUGAUGCGCUCCGUAAGGGACGUGGAUUCCGUCAUUCAAGAAGAAGCGGAGCUGCUGAAGGUUUCGCUGGGCGAAGGGUUCACCGACACGCCAGAGAAGCGGAUCAUUGUCGCUGGUUUCUCGCAAGGUGCCGCGAUGUCGCUCAUCACGGGUCUUACGGGCUCCCCAACUCCGGAGAUAUUAACGCGGGAGACGUCGGGCGGGAAGGUGAAAGAGGAGAUUCUGGUCCGGGAAGGAAAGGCGAAGGAGGGAUGGGAGCUUGGUGGCGUGGCAGCGCUUAGCGGGUACAUUCCCCGUCUGCAUGACUUCCGAAAGAUGUAUUCCUCGCAUGCUCGCAACACCCCACUCUUCUGGGGUCACGUCAAGGUCGACAACGUGGUCGCCUUCCCCGCAGGCGAAGCCUCCGUCCAGGUCAUCAAGGAACUCUCGGGCAGCGAGACCGAUAUCAUCGACCACUCCACGGGUAUCAACCCCGAGCCCAAGAAGGCCCUCAUCGAGAUGCACCAGUACAAAGGGACAGGCCACGUCUACAACGAGGCCGUGCUGAUUCAGCUCCGAGAGCAUCUGACGAAGUGGCUCACCCGCGUCAUCCCUCCACUGUAAUCCCUCUUUCGGCCACUUAGAAGAGGAGCGUCGUAUGCAACGAGUCAAACUGGAUGUACUUUAUUGGUGUAAAUUUAUCUUUCUACUUCAACGCGUUAGUCC